AUGUUGAAGUUUUGCUUUCUAAAAAUUCAGCUUCAGAAUAUCAAAUCUACAUGGUUGAGUGAGAUAAUGAAAGAGAUCAUCAAGCUAAACCGAGGCGGUUGGUCUAGUGGUCAGGUGUCGGAAUUAAAUGCAAGUGUACUCUUGCAGGUCCCAGGUUCGAGUCCUGGCAUGGACAAAAAAUUAUAA